GUCAUUUGGCUGACGGGCUAAAUGCUACAUCGUCCUACGUACCAUACUCAUUCUUACGUCUUAUAAUCAUUCAUCUAUUAUUCUGAGCAGCCGCAUUUCUCCCUGCUGGCGUACGACUCAAUACCUCUCCGUCGACAUGUUCCGGAACUUCUCCUUUGAGGCGGCCUCGCGGCAUCCCUCAGACCUCGAGCUCGAACGCGCCUACAUGAACGUCUCACCAACUUCUUCACCAUGGCCACUACCAUAUAUAUCAGAGCCGCCCGCCGUCACGAUUGGUGAACUAUCACAGCGAUUCAGCCAACACACUCUCGAGGUGGACCCUAACUACAAUCCUAACUACGAACCAACCUCCUACUUCGAUGCACCUACAUCCACUAAGCCAUACGCCCACGACGUAGACUCCGCAUACUCGUCACGACGACCAUCGUACGCCCAGGCGUCCUACAACGGAUUAUCGCCCGCCGCGAUACGAUUGCAGCGGCAGGCCAACGUGAGAUUGCAGUGCAAUACCUCACACGUGAAGGACAUCUCGUCGCUGGUGGAGCGGAUGAUGGAUAAGGGCGAACAAUGCCGGAUCUGCACGCGACCGCGCUCGAACGCCGGGCUGUCAGCGACGUCCUCCGACGAAGAAGAGGAUACCGGAAUCGAAUCGAGGCGAUCUAGCGCGGCCACCCUCGCGUUGAAGUACAGGCGGUCCGGAGAGCGGCUGGGCGGUCAGGCAUGCGUGUCGAAGAGCGUGCGACUCCGGAAGAAGAAGUCGCGGAAGAGCCUGCCGGCUAAGGCGUGAUGUUGGAGACUGAUUUCGAGAUGCAUUGCGAAGGCGUUCAAGGUUUUUGGUUGGCUUCAUGGGACGCGUCACAUAUACCACUGGAAGGGGGUCCGCAAGGCGGUACGGGGAAAACAAAAGUCUGGGUCAUCUCAUUUCGGCGCUUUAUAGGGGUCUAGGUGUCUCUUGAUGGGACUAUCGAUGGUCGAUAGGUAGCGAUGAUGCUCCCAUAAGGGUUGAGGUCAGCUGGGGUUUAGGGCUCGAUAUCUACCACCACAUAUUAAUGGAUUGUAAAUAUGUACAUACCCACAAAUUCAUCAACCCUGUUCCAUAC